CAAAUUAAAUGUCAAAGAAGUAUUUUAUCAGAUACAAAUGAAGAAGAAAUUAAUAAUGCUGAAAAUAAUAUGCAAGAUGAAUAUUUACAAAAUCAAAAUAAAAUUGAUAAUUUUUUAUUAGAUAUAGAUAUUUCACUAGAAUUUGAUGACAAUAAUAUAGCUACUGAAGAACCAUUAACAGAUGAUCAAAUAAUUGAAAUGGUAUUAGAAGAAAAUAAUUCUACAUCACAAAAUAUUAAUAAUGAAUCUGACAAUGAAAAAACACAAAAAAUACCUACUGUUAGUAUAAAAGAAGAUAGUAUUUUUUCUACAGAUAUGAGUUUUGAAAUAACUGAGAUAGAUAUUUUAAAUUCUAAUUAUAAAAUGAAUGAAAAUUUUGAAAUAACUGAAGUCUGA